AUGAUGUCUUCCGAGCCCGAGAAAGCGCCGCCCGCCCCCGAAGCGGGCGUCCCCGCAGCCACCAUCAGCAAUAAGCAACGGAAGAGGGACGUCAGGAAGGCCGAGAAGGCGGCCAAGUACGCGCAGGCGCAACAGAAGCCCGCCGCCAAGGACCCCUCGCCGGAGCAUGAGAAGAAGAAGCAGCAGUCCACCGCUGAGGACGAUCCCUCGGCGGCCAACUAUGGCGACAUCCUCCCCGGAGAGAUCCUCCCCGUGGCAGUCCUCGAUGAACCAUGGAUGGAGAUCGGCCGCCUCGACAAGGCCGCCGUCGGCCGCUCCGUGAUGGUCCGCGCGACGGUGCAGGCGGUCUACCGUGGGUCCAAGACCAAGAAUGUGGCCUUCCUGGAGCGGCGGCAAGGGAGGAGCACCGUGCAAAGCGUGUUCGCCAGCAGCGCCCAGAUGGAACUCUUCGCCUUGUCCCUCCCCAAGGAGUCGAUCGUCGUCGUGGAGGGUGCCGUCGCCCUCCUCGGCAAGCCCCUCAGAUACACCACAAUGCGAGAGAUGGAGAUUCGGGUGAGGAAGCUCUACUACAUCAACAGGGUCGACCCAAGGCUACCGAUCAGCGUGGAGGAUGCCGGCUGGAGUGUGGAGGAGUUUGCAAAAGCUGAAGCAAAGGGGGUGCCACUUCCCUGCGUUGGUCAGGAAACACACUUAGACUAUCGAGUUGUUGACCCGGGAACACCGGUAGGUCAAGCAAUUUUCCGUAUACAACAUCAAGUUGAAAACGUCGGUAUUUGUUCUUGCUUUUAG